GCAAACACUCCUCACCACAACAGCUUCUUGUCGGCUUAACAAACAAAACAUCGCCCCCAAACAUUUUCACAACAAGCACACUUGUUGACCAUCUUGGAUCCACAUCAGGGUGAAUAGAGCGAGGUGAUUCGGUGAUGUCGAGGCCGAUUUUAUUGGUUUCGUUGCUAUUGUUUUUGGUUUUCACUUCUCAGUUUGAGUGGAACCAACACAUUGUAAAUGAGGUCGAAGCUAGGCCGGUUGCGAUUUCACAAAAACAACAGUAUUUGUUAGAUAGGGAAGAAUCUGUUAAAGAGAAGAUUAUCCUAUCGCAAGAGAAGCAUAUUCAGAAACUAAAAUCACUUGUGCAGAGUCUUGAGGAGCAGUUGUCAGCAUGCAAGGGCAAAGAUGAGUUUGUGAAUGACACUACGGGAUCUUUGACCGAGAUACUAAAUGAACUAAAUCAUCACAAAAUCAUGGAGUAAUCACCAUUGCUUUCUUUCUGUAUUAAUGGAGGAACGUUAGCUCUUUUCUGCUUGUAAACAUGUACCUUUAAAGCAGGUUAGUCAUCAAAACCAUUAUGAGCGUUAAUUAUAUCAACGAUAUAUCGUUGUUCUCAUAAAUUGUAAUCUCAACAGUGCAUUAGUAUUAAUAGUUGGCAGUGUGUCUGUGUCAAAGGGGUUUGAAGCUACAUGUGCACAUUCAACUCUCUAGCUUGAAACGACAUCUUUCUUUGUAAAAAAACCAAAUAGUAUCCCAGGAAAAAAAGUUGCAAAUUUUCAAAAGUUAAAUGUAUCCAAGAUGUUUUUUAAGAUGUUUCUAAUCAAGUUUGGUAACACGUUACCAUCAUUAUUUAUUUA